AUGAGGUCAUGCACAAUUUUCCCAGAUUUGACAGCUACAUUGAUUGAACGGUGGGGACUGGAGACGCGUACUUUCCAUCUAACGUUAGGAAAGUGUACUAUCACCCUCAAAGACAUCGCUUUCAUUCUCUGGUCACCCAUUGAUGGGUUGGUCGUAGCAGGGGAUACUAGAAUGCCUUUGACUGAUGUUUGUAAUGAUUACCUUGGAGCAAUUCCUCUGGAUGAUAAGAUUGUAGGGUUGUUUAUCCUACAUGCAUGGUUGGACCAGGUCCUGAAAGUGUUAACGGUGGUUGUGGUAGUUAUAGACGUGCAGUAUGCUGCCCGAGCAUUAAUACUGAGGCUUAUUGCAACCAUAUUGAUGGUAGAUAAAUUUGGCAAUCAGGUCCUUUUCCAUUACCUGAUUUUACUACAAAACUUAUUUGCUGCUGGAGGAUAUAAAUGGGAAUUUUAUGUACUUGUAAUACCAUAUACCCAACCAAAUCGUUAG